CCGCCACGCCGGAAGUAAAGCCUGCUGUGAUCCCGGCCGUAUUCCUCUUGCUCCUCCUAACCCUUCCCCCUUCGCCAAUUCUGGCAGGGAACUUAAAAAAUAUUCUUCCCGGUUGAGACGUAGGACCAAUUUCGUGAACAUCAUCCGGAAUGGUCAACAUGGCGGUGGCCGUGAGGUGCCUCGGCAGAGGCCUGCAAAGAAAACAAAAAGUGCUAAAGACAAAGCACCAGCUGAAAAAAAAGAUGAUAUAGAGAAAAUAAAGUCAUACUCGUACAUGGAAGGUGAACCUGAGGAUGAUGUCUAUUUAAAACGGUUAUACCCAAGGCAGAUAUAUGAUGUGGAAAAAGCUAUUCACCUACUUAAGAAAUUUCAAGUUCUUGACUUCACUAAUCCAAAGCAAGGUGUUUUUCUUGAUUUGACACUGGAUAUGGCACUGGGAAAGAAGAAAAAAGUGGAGCCAUUUGCCAGUGUUCUUAGGUUACCAUACCCAUUCUCCUCAGAAAUUAAUAAAGUUGCUGUAUUUACACGGAAUGCAUCAGAGGUUAAAAUAGCAGAAGAAAAUGGAGCUGCUUUUGCAGGAGGAACUAAUCUGAUUCAGAAGAUUUUGGAUGAUGAAAUUCAUGUAGACUUUUAUGUAGCUAUUCCAGAAAUAAUGCCCGAGCUUAAUCCAUUGAAGAAGAAACUGAAAAAAAGAUUUCCAAAGCAAACUCGAAAUUCCAUUGGCCGUGACAUCCCCAAAAUGCUUGAACUAUUUAAAAAUGGACAUGAAAUUAAGGUAGAUGAAGAAAGGGAGAACUUUCUGGAGACCAGGAUAGCAACAUUGGAUAUGUCAAGUGACCAGAUAACUGCCAAUCUGCAAGCUGUUAUUAAUGAUGUUUGUAGGCACAGACCACUGAGUUUGGGUAAGUGGUUUGCUGGGGUAGACUUACCUAUAGCCCUGUGAUACUUUAAAAAAUGUGAAAUAUUCAGAAAACAAUCAAAUUGACAUACAAGUACAAUAGCAACAAUAUUUCCAGGGAUUAAAUAAAUAAAAUUUAAUUUCUCAAAGGAUUUCUACUUACUUUAUUUAUAAGUGUAGUUGUUUAGAGAGGAGACAUCUUGAACAUUAAAUAAGGAAUACAUCCUGAAACCUUUUAAAUUCCCACAUUUUUUCUACUAUUAACUGUAAUAAAGUUUGAAAGAAAACUGCAACUGAUUGCUUUAAACAUACAAUGUUGUUAAAUAGAAACUGAAAUCAUUUAUGAAAUGACCUUGUGAAGCCAGACUUUUCACUUUGUCAUUGCCACUAGCAGUUGUCUUUCUUAAUCUUAUUUUAGAAAAGAAAGGAGGCUAUUUUAUUUUUUAUUUCAGGAA